AUGGAAGUUGAUCACCAGAACUUUCAUCUAACGUUUCUGCCACAGGAGAAACCGGAUGGUAGCUAUGUGGGAAGUUCUCCACAGAAUUCUGCCAGUGGUGGACUCGUUCCCUGUGUUUUAGACCAAGGGUCAGAGAUGGGCGAAGUAGUUUUGGGUUUCCCACCGGACGACCCAGCGUCUAGUCUUGAAGACCCAAAAUCCUCUCGUUCUUAUAGGGACGAAUACAGAUAUAUGCUGGAUGCUCUACAGGAAUUAAGUAAUUCUUUUACACCUGCGGGACAACAAAGCGACCACGUUACGCAAUACUGGAACACGGAAGGUUUCGAUUUAAGAACGCCCCCUGUGACACGACCCAGAAAUCUAGAAAAUAACCCAGGUGACUACACUGGAUUUCAACCUGUGGAUGCGGGUGUUUCUCACCAAAUCGGAUACGCUCCUGAGGACCCAUUAUUUUCAACUGGCUUCACUGAGGUGGAUCGGCUGAGUAUGGAGUUGAGCAAGAGGGACAAACUAAUCCAGCAAUUGUCCAAGCACCUUUAUCAGCUUUGGAGGGCAAACGAUUCUCUCUUUGCUGACUAUGAAUCUCAAGAAACGCAUUUAACGAGUCAGCUUCGUGGUCUCAGGUCACGCUUAAGAGAUGCUACUCAAACGCUGCGCCAGCGGCACUCAAUUCCACGAAGUCCAUCAGCUCCACCUUUGCGGACUUCACCCAUCAGAGAAGCAGUGCUGAAGUUCGCACAAGAUUUGCAAACUAAAAUGAUGCAAAUGGACAACACAAUCCUCAUUACUGAGUAUACCGAGCUAAGAGCAGCCGUACUGGAUCUCAUCAUCUCCUGGGACUCAAUUGACUCAAUAGAACAAGGCAAAAAAUGCGAGCGUCUCUUCUUGUCUGCACUGCAUUUUGUGGAACUAGGUAUAACCGAGCCCGCAAGCUCAAAACCAUCAGUGUUGAGUGAACUGGAAGCGCGGGUAAGACAAGCGGAUCAGCAAGUGGUGUACUACUCAACCGUAGUUGAGCAGCUGCGUAGGGAGUUGCAGCUUGCAAAACAGCUGUCACCACAGAUGGAAGUCACCCCAUUCGUCCCACAUGAAUCCGUUCGUGUGGACCUUUCCGUUUACGAGGACGUAGACCCAGUAUCAUGUUCAACGGCGUUACGUGCCUUCGCUUCGUGUGAUCCUCCAUCGACGCCCUAUUCUAAACAGUCGUCUGAUGUGUCUGACAUUUCUUCACCGGUUGUUUCACCGGCUAGUCUGGAUGACCGUUCGAAAUGUGCAGUGUCCAUCGUUCAACCGAUUACCCGUCUUGAAGCUGGUGUGAAAUUAGAUGAUUAUCAGGGCUUAACGCAACAGGAAGUGUUGGUUGAAGAAUUCAGCUAUGGCACGACGGCCGAAGAUAAGCAGUCGAGUUCAACAGAUUUACGGCAACAACUGGACAAUUUGCUUGCGCUGAAGGAAUCGGAACUUUGGCAGACGACAGCAAAUGAGCAGAUCGAACUAGAAAUCAGGGCGCUACGAACAGCGUGUAGUGUGCUUUCCAAAGUACAUACAACAAGGUCAGUUGAGACGAAUCUUUCUCAACUGCGGGAUGCAGGUGUACAGACGCAAGAAGCUGUGUUGCAGUACCAAACGGUAAUCUCCUCCACCAUUAUCGAGUCGCCCGAACCUGGAGAUACCCAUCUGGAGCAGGUGAAGACAGAUGAAAGGUUUGACAACGUGGUUUAUCGACCAACGCCAGUGCCCGACUCUGUCGAACGGCGCACUGACGUUUAUAAAUCAUUGGAAGAACGUCUAAUUCAAAUUGUGACUCGGUUACGAGAUUUGCUGGUUGUGGAGACGAGCCAUGCGGCAGAUUCCACCAUAAUUCAACAAAUGGGCAUCGAGUCUGUGAUAUAUCAAUGGGAGUCGUUUGUUGAUAAUCUUCACAGAUGUCUUAGAAAUCCCAAAGCACGAGACCUCCAGCCUCCGCUUACCUCGCCGUGCAUUACAGUUGUUGAUUGUGCGUCGGCUAAAGCAAUCAAUGCUGAAGUGAUACAAACUGAGAACCAUUCAGCUGUUUGUUCCACCGAGUUAACAGAUGCAGCACGUAAGUCGGUCUCUCAACCUGCCUACCUGUGCCAUGUGGAAACUGUGCAGCAUAUCCGUGAGAAUAUUUGGCAGUUACGUGCCAUACACGGCGAGUUGACUGGUCGUGUGAACUAUUGUAUGAGCUGGAUGCGUGAUCAUCUCAAUUUCCUCACUAACGAGAUCGGAUCUCUGGCGAAAAAGCUGAGCAACACCAAACACAAAAGUGUGCGGGAUGCUGCGAUUGAUACCGAUCAACCGCUUUCCCCACCGGUUAUCGUAGAAGCCUCACGGUUUCCUUUUCUGGAAGCCUCAACAGCAGGUAGGUUUUCGUCUGUUGAUCGGAUUCCGGUUUGUGGAGACAACGUAAGUGACGAAAACGCAUGUGCACAUCGCGCUACAUAUCGAGAUUUACAGUCUCCGCGCGAAAGGCCUUCCACAGAAUCAGUGGAACUGACGUCUGGGUUGCAUGCAGAAUUGCUUCAUUUGCGCAGUACCCAAGGCAGUUUACAGGCACAACUAAGUGCAGCUAACCAUGAAAUCGACGCUUUAACGUCGUAUCUUAUGAGAAUAAAAGUUGAAUUAAUGGAGUCACUCCCAAAGAACGAGUCGUCUGCCUUCAGUACACUACUGGACAACCUUGAGUUUCAAGCGGUACCACAGCUGGUUUCCUAUUAUAUCCGCUGGGCUACUGAGUCACUCGGUGCGUAUUCUACGCAACUAGAGCACCGUACUACGAGCUGCGUACACCUCCAAAAUCAACUGGAUGCUACUCAAUACCGACUGAGUACCAUGGAGCAAAAUUAUCACUGUGUGGUAUCGGAACACACGGAAACACUCAAACAGGUAGAUGAUCUCCGCCGUCACUUUCCGUGGGAGUCAGAUAAACGCUCCGGUUUUCAGUCCGGCAUGUCCGACAGAGAGACAGAUGGGAAAUUAUUCCCGUCACAUUCUGUUGCCUCGAUUUUCGAUUGUGGGCUCAACGAAGUUCCACCAAUCUAUCCAGAUGAGAGGGCGACAUUGAUUACCCCAUCGCGCAGCAGUUUCAAUGAAGCUAUUGCACCGGAGGUCACACUGGAGAGAGAGCCGAUGUUACAGUCUGCCCACAAUCGAGUGUUGUGUUCGGACGCUGGCAGAUAUGUGCAGCCAGUGUUAUCUCAUAAUAGUCCUUACCAUCCGUGUCAAAUCGGACAUCGCUCCAUAUUCAAUGAUGAUAAAUCUCUUCCAGAAUUAAGCGCUGGUACUGUGCGCCCCGAAUGCGAUUCGCCACAUGUAUCUGAUAUCGGUUCUUCUGAUGAAUCUGGACAGCUAGACAUACAAAGACUUAUGCUGAAGCUGAGGCAUAACGAGCAAUGUUUGGCUGAAAACAGACAAGAACUUCAACUAGUGGCUGCGGCUAAAGUAGAACUAGAAGCUCAAGUCAACAAGCUCAUUGGAGAUUCUCACACAUUGCAAGCCGUCAAAAAGCAGUUGCAAUAUAGCGAACAGCAGAAAAACGACUUAGAAUAUCGCCUUCAGAAGCUACAAGAGUUGUUUUCUGAGAAGUCCAGCAGAGAGGCUGGACUCAGUGAUGAUCUUCAGAAGGCUCGAAGUGUGAUUGAAUCUAUGUCUGGACGCAUUUCCGAUCUUUCAGUCGCCAAAGAAGAACUGGAAGCCACACUUAUCCAAGUGGUGACCGAAAGGGAUCAAACCAAGAAUGAAUUGAAACAGACCAGGAGCCGAUUAAAUUCUGCACUUGCUGAACAGGAUAUCACCUGGCAGCGUCUGAACAGUCUUACGGAAAAGGUGGAUCAACAGGAAGAAAUGAGAGCCAGCUUGGAGGGCCAACUUGCGUUGAACCGAGAACAACUCUUACAAAAGGAAAAUGAGAUAGCUCUACUACGGAUUGAAUUUACCUCGUUGCAGACAAAAUACCAACAGGCUCAACAUGAACUAGAGCAUCAGACGGUCGUUUUGUCUACUCAUGUUCAAACACUCGAAGUGAGGAACACAAAUAUAGACAAGCAAGUCGGCACGGACGAGCUUCCGGCCAGCAGCUGGACAGAAGUACAGGCUGGUGAACUUGAAUACAUGCGUCAACGUAUCAAAUAUCUGGAGCAAACUAAUGAACAAAUGAGUCGUGAGCUAAAAGAUGGUCUAGAUAAGCUAUCUCUGCGGCUGGAAAUGUCAGACAGUCGAGAUGAGAAACCGUCCGAUAUUAAAAGACCUGUAUUAUGUGAGAAAGAGCGGCAUUUNAGAAACCGUCCGAUAUUAAAAGACCUGUAUUAUGUGAGAAAGAAGCGGCAUUUGAACACGGACCAUACAUUCCUUUAGAAACCGCUCUUGUUAUGGACUGUGAAGCUGCUUACAUGAAGCAACACUUUCAGCUACCGAGUGUAGAAGAUACGCUUAUUAGCACAGCAACAUGUGAAGACAUCUCAGGUCCACACGCAGCUAAAAGACAAGAAACCCUGGCACCGAUCCUGGACGGUCAAUUCAUGCUGUCCCGUAGAAAGUCAGAUCAAGCCAUUAUAACAAAAGCCGAAUUUAAACGUGCACACAGUGAGCCAACAGACACUAAAACUCACCCUGCUACAACAAAACCAACGAUGGAACAUGCGAAUUCCAAAUUGACACCGUUGGAUGUCCAUCAGGUUUGUAAUGCUUGGAACGGCUAUCCUGCGUCUGACAAGCAAGACAUUGAAGCACCGAUAGACAGGGAUUCACAAAGCGUUGCACGAGUCACUAAAUUCACGGAAAUUAGCACACAAGAACAGUCAUCUUCAGCUCAGGCGGAUACCGAUGCCAAUUACCCGGAAUUAGCAAAAGACCGUACAACGCCAGCGCCUCCAGAAUUAUUGCCACCACAAAUGUCAUUCAGUGUGAACGUGACACGCCCACAAAUAUUGACCACAGAUAUCAUCCGCGCUCCUUUAAUAGAUAACGAAACAUCGGAAUCUUCCUUGGUGCGGACACAAGCGGAAUUGAG